AUGCCACAGUCGCUCGACCAGCCCCAGUCACGGGCCAAUCCUUCGCAAGAAGCCUCGCAAAUCGCUACCUCCAACCAGACCGUAAACGCCUUCAUCGGUGGCCGUCAUCACUCGUGGAUGACAGAUGCCGCACCCACGACAUCCAACCUCAUCCGGGUAUCUGAGGUUGUCCCUCGCAAGCGCGGUCGGCCUAGAAAAGAACACGCACCCCUGGGUGCCCCAUCUGCGAAUGAUGGCAACACUGGGCCACGCGAGAAUACCCCAAUAAUCCCGAGAUUGGACCAGCCUGCAGUGUUGGAUGCUUCGAGAAACCAAGCUGUCCUGCCCUCUCCAGCUCCAACCGACGAGCCAAGCCCAGUCAUCUCGAGCCAGACCGACAGCCCAAACCAAGGCUUAAGCGGAUAUGCUGACAAUACAAUCCCCCCGCAACGCGCUGUCCCCGAAUACAACUCGCGAGUCUCCAUGGCUCCCACACCAAAUACCGCCCCAACGGUCCCAACCUCCAUGCCCACCGCAGGGCCGUCGUCACAGACCUAUGCUGCACCCCCCUCGGGACCUAUCCCACAGACAGUAAUAGAACGGGCAAUGGCCGCUGCCUCUGGCGUCAAUGCUUCUCCACGGCAGGAACCAGCCCCCGGGCCCUCAAUGCCUGCCGGAGUUCACAUAUCCUCUCCCCAGUCCAGUCAGAGGACAGCGCCAGAUCCUGGGACCGCCGAACGUCGACGCAAACGCAUGCGCAUCGGGCGAGAUGAUCCGGUCACGCAGGCAUUGAAAGACUGGCUGCGAAUAUUAUCUACUCACAUGGAACAAUUCAACGGUCCAAGACUACUCAACGAAACAGUCGAGAUCCCUAGGUAUCGGAUCCUGCGAGACGCCUGCGCGAAUGCGGAUGUGUUUUACGUUGUACUCCAUCAGCUAUUCUGCGGGUGGUCUCGCGACAGGCCCUUCGUCCACUCCCUCCUCGCUUCUCACAUAUCAUUCGAGGCCGUUGACCACGCGUUUGGGUACAUGCAGGUCAUUCUUAGGCAGAAUCAGUUGAUUUCGCCCCCUCACCUCGAAUGGCUCACAAACUUCCCCGGACCCCUGACCGAGAUUUCUCGCUCCUCUCCGCAGUGUAUGUUGGUUAGCGUGGUUGCGCGAUUCCUUCACCAACUCUCCGCUACUUGGGAGCCAAUGAUGGCAUUGGCCGAGUCCAGAAAGUUCCCCUUACUUGUCUCCGAGAUGGUCCACAAUCUGAGUUGCACGUCUACCCAAAUGCAGUCCUUACUCUUCACCACAAGCCGUAGGACUCUUCGGGUCGAGGACGGUCCGCUUGCGACGUCACUUAACGAGAUCUUCGCCAAAGACAGGGCUAGCGAAGCCCAAAUAGCCGCUGCUCCGCGCAGCGCUGAAGAGGUGCGCCAGAUUAGAGGCGGUUUCGCAACUGCAUAUGUAAACACCAUGCAGCUCUUCCGGUAUCAACAACCGCCUAACCAAAACGCUGCCCCCUCUCCCACUCUGCCCAGUUUCCCACCUUCGGCCCAACGACAUGGUGCGCGUUUGUCUGCUCAUCCAUCUCCGAUUUUAUCCCACCCCCACUUUACUCUUCCAAGUAAUUCUGGGGCUCCAUCUCCUGUUAUCACCCAAGCAGAAGCGCAUAUGGCUAGUCGCAGAGCCUCAGGCCCGGCAGUCUUAGGCAGCUCCGCUCCUCGAGUGAAUACGCACGUGCAGAACGCAUCAAGUUGGGCCCAAAGGACGCCAGAAUCCAUGAUGAAUCAGGCUCCUCAGAAUUUCGUCAACUCGCCGUCCCAGAUUCAUCAGCCUUUAACCCCGGGGUCUGCCGGUACAAUGCCACCGUACCCGUACCCGGCAUCAUAUGCGGCACAGGGUGUACCGCCGUCUCGAGUGGUAAGUUCGAACGGUCCGGCACAGAACAGUCAAAGACGAACAAGUUCGUUUCAACAACAGUCGACACAGGCCGGGCCAAUUGCUCAAGGUACCACAGCGCACAAUGGACAUACGUCAGGGUUACAGUUCCCUCAAUAUGUUCUGCAACCACCGAAUAUGCAACCCAUGUCGCAGGGGCAAGUUAAUUCUGGUCAGCCGAAUCAAGGUUGGCCUUCCCAGUACCCAAAUGCAGCGCGUUCAUGGCCCCAAGUCGCACCAGUACAUGGUGGCUAUGCUGCUCAGGCCACAGCUCCCCAACACCAGACACAAAGAGCACUCCCUCCUAUCCAGCCAGCCAGCAGUCACCCGCCUGCACCCUAUCCUUAUCCUGUGCCUCAAAGCCCCGGGCUCGUGAGGCCUCUGAGCGAGAUGGAGAUACACCCAAAUGAAUACGCAGUGAGUCCAUAUGGACAACCCUCACUUGAGAUGGGACUCCAUCAUGUUGGUCUGCGCAGCCCUCGACGACUUCACGCGCAGCUAGUGCAGACUCGCUACUACCAGUAUGUCAAGCACCUUGAGAUCCAGCCAGUUGCGAUUGAGCCACAAAUCGGGUUGAGGACACUACGCUUCGACGUCCCGGAAAAUCACAUUCCGAGAUUAACCAUGAAAAGAGAAUCAGCAGGGCUACCAUUCUGUCACUACUUCGAAGGCUCGUAUCGGUAUCGUCUGCGCCUGUGCAUGCGACCCGAUUGGGAGACAGAGGUUGAGGCGGCGGACUGGGCCGUGUCUGCCUGCUACUGGCCUAAACAUGUAUUCAUUGAUGUUAAUGGCCACGUGAUGGGAUUGAGUCGAAAGCAGCAUUUCCACAAGGAUCUACCCCUUGAGCUUACGGAUAUAUUGGUCUUGGGUCCGAAUACCAUCAGGAUCAGCUUGCCCUUGGUUGCUGAGAAUAAUGCCAGGGUAGGGCACAAGUACUUCGUUGCUAUCGAGCUAGUGGAGACGCGCAGUCAUGGUUCUCUUAGGGCUAUGAUUGAGAAUUUCCAACACACUUCUAUGGACGAGACGAGGAACAAGCUGAUUAGACGUUUACGCCCGUCAGCCUCGGAUGAUAUUAUUGUUGAGGAUGAGACCCUUUUGGUCUCCUUGGCUGAUCCCUUCAGUGCGAGCAUGGUUGAAAUCCCCGUCCGAGGGGUGGAUUGUCUACACCUCGAAUGCUUCGACCUGGAAACAUGGCUGCAGACACGACCUAGCAAACCCGCCCAGAAGGGAGGGGGAUCAUCCCAAAAAGGAGAAGAACCGUCCAUGGUCGACGUCUGGAAAUGUCCCAUAUGCGACCUCGAUGCUCGUCCAAUUAGUCUCCGAAUUGACGACUACUUUGUUCAAGUCCGUCAUGAAUUGGUAGCUCGCGGCGAAACGAACACCAAGGCAAUCACUGUUGCCGCCGACGGCAAGUGGACUGCGGUUGAAGAGCCUGAUGAUUCGGACGACGAAACACCCGCACCAAUCCAAGCUCGUGUAACAAAUGGCGAUGGUGGAAAGAAAAAGUCAACACCUACAGCGAGUGUCAUCGAAAUACUGGACGAUUAG